AUGAGAGAUGAAAUGAAGGCACCGGAACAGAACCACACUUGGGAGAUUGUUAACAUUUUGAAAGGUAAAAAGGCCAUAGGAUGUAAAUGGGUCUUCAAAGUUAAGUAUAAAUCUGAUGGUAGUGUUGAACGAUAUAAGGCCCGAUUAGUGGCUAAAAGGCAAGGUCUAAGAAGGCAUCAUCCUCAAUCAGAGAAAAUAUGCUUUAGAUCUCAUUUCAGAUAUAGGUUUAAGUUUAGCCAAACCGUUGAAAGUCUCUAUGGAGAGAAAUAUCAGACUCUUAGUCAGUUUAUGAAUGCCCCAUGGAAAUCUCAUAUGGAGGUAGCAACAUGUGUUGUGAGAUACUUGAAGGGCAAUCCUAGAUUGGGAAUAUUUCUCGCUGCAACAAACAGAACAGACUUGGAGUGUUUUUCUAAGAAGCAACCAACAGUGUCAAAGUCAUCAGCUGAAGCAGAAUAUCGAGCCUUAGGAUCAGCUAUUUCUGAAGUCACAUGGCUGACAUGCAUGCUUAAGGAUCUGGAUGUUAGAGGACUUGAGCCGGUGAGAGUCUACUAUGAUAGCAAAGCUGCAAUUCAUAUUGCAAGCAAUCCUAUCUUUCAUGAACGACAAAGCACAUCGAGAUAG